AGAUGUAAAUGUUUGAGCGAAUCGCAGUCUUUGACGAACCGCUCAAAAUCGUUGUGACUUUUGUCGAGGGCGGUUGUGCCGCGGACAUAAAAGGUCGAUAUCUCACUGUUCGGGUCAGUAGCUUGGACUUUACACCCGUUUUUAAGCGUCCUCGGGAUACCGUACUUUAACGAACCAAAAGCGAAUGGGCCGACGGAAAUUCGCAGUCUACACCUCACGGUCGAGUAUACACGUGUUUGCUGCCGAACGAGUGGCUGCUCCGAAUGAAUGUGUGUAUUUCGCAUCUCAACGACGAAUAAAAAUAUGUGAUGAGCCUAUAAAGCGUAAAAAAGUUUUGAAGUACACAUUUCCUGUUCUUUUUCGCUGCCCAAAUAAAAAUAUUUCUGUAAUGAUUUCAAAGAGGAAAAAAAUCAAAGCUUUCUUUUCCAUAGAGCGUCCAUUUGUUACACAUAAAGUCAGUGCUUUCAUUUUUUUUCACAAAGUCUUCUGCAGAAAUUCAACAUUGGAAUUUCCUAUACACAAUAGUUAAAGUUUUAAAUUCAAUUUAAACGUUAGUGACAGUAUGGGUGCGCCUAUUCGGUCGUUGGCACAUUGAUACCUCAAUGUACAACAUAAGGCUUCCACUAUUAAAAUCUCCACCCCUUUAUUAGCUAUUAUAUACAUAUAACCACGUGGAAACUUUAUUAAGAAGACACUCGUUCUAACAACUUUAAUAUAUUGUCUCAGAAGAUUGUCAUUUGGUUAAUGAAAGAACAAAAAAAUGAAUAUGUCACGUUAUUUGCAAGCAUAUCUGCUUAAUGACACCUUAAUUGUUGAACAUUUACGGCUUUGUGCAUCCAAUCACGUCAGCAUGUGCCUUCAAAUCCAAAAGGCUUUGUCAAGCUAUUUUUUUUUCUAAUGCAACCUUUUUUGAGCUAAGACUGCCGUACAGCAAAAUUAUUCAGAUCCAAAAAAAAAAGUUUAAUAAUCCGACGGCAGAUGGAAAUAAGCAGAAACCCUUCAGACGUCGGUGUGGCCUCUUUCUUAGUAGAGAUGUAGACUCCUUAAGUAGCGGCUUGUAAUUAGUAAUAUAUUUUAUAUAUAAACUUGCAAACGUGAUAUGUAUUUAUUUAUUUAAAUGUUGUUUGCGGAUUAGCAUAAUCAAGUAAUUAAAGGUAAUAGGGAAAAGGUUUAACAUUAUGGUGGAACCCUUGUGGCAUUAGUAAGUUGCUAAUGAUAGCAAGGUUGCCAAUGAUACUCCGAAUUUGUAGGCUCCAAUAUAAAGAAUUAUUGCUUUAGUAAAAAUAAAUGCAUUAUUAAAAUACCACCACCAGGAAAAAAAUUAGAACUGUUGGCCAACAUAUACCUAUUUUAAUACACCUAAACAUUUUUUCCUAGCAAUCUUUAUGAAUAGUGAUUGAUAUGGAUCUCGCAUUGUGAUUGUUAAUGGUGAUGAAAAGUGCCAGUAAAAUCUUAAUUAAAUGUAAAUAAGUGAAUAUAAGUGAAUAAACAUGAAAUAGUGGACAAAAAGCUAUUACGAAAUACAUAUUACAAUCGUAAGUUAUGCCACCGUCACCGUUCGACGCCUGUUUAUUGUGCUGUCCGUCAAUUUAUUGACUGUCCUUUUCACAACUCCUACGGAGAAUGGAUUACAUGCAAGCAACGAGUUUGAUACUGCGCUUUCUAUGGGUCCUCAGUACAGCAGUGGCGGAUGGGGAAAUGAUUUUUCGCAUCGAUCCGCUAGCAUUGCUUUCGGCUACGCUGCGAACAUAUCAAAAAGCAGCAUGUGACUCAGAACAAGUUUUCAUUGCUUGUCCCCGCGGCACCAGUAUUUCCAUCGAGUUUGCUCAGUACAACAAGUAUGUAGCAAGAGAUGGCUACAGCAUAGAGGAUCUGUGUCCCGUUUCUGGCGAAAAAAGUCCGCAAAUCCGUGGAAAAGAAAAGCACUUGCUGAGAGGAUCCAUCUUCGGUUCAUUGCAGCAAAAAGAAGCGAACCAGCGCAUUUCCAGUGAUGAAAAUGGGUUUGGUUUCACUAUGCCAUCCAUUAGCGAAGAUAUCACAACCACAAAAUCAAGUUCGAAGGUAGCUGAGAAUGGUACCACUGUUAAUUUCCAAGAUAUUCAAAAUAGUUACGAAAAUAGUGAAAAUACGCCAAUAAGCUGCAUGUGGCCAAACGCAUUACAGUACUCCUUGCUGCAAACAGUGGUUGAUGCGUGCCAGAAGAAAAAGCACUGUAAGUUUCACGGUUCUUCACAAUAUUCGGACCUAGGCGCAAGCGGUGUAGGCGACUCCACUGGGACAAGUAGUUAUCACAGCAGCACAGUUAGCACCAAUUCCUUAAGCAGCGACCCAUGUCCUAAGCUCAGAAAAAUCGUGGAAGUAGCUUACAAAUGUCGUCCAUAUGAGUUUCGAAGCAAGGUGGCAUGUCACAAUGAUGUCGCCCAGCUGGAGUGUAACCCAUAUUCGCGAAUAGCCAUUUAUAGUGCAAGUUUCGGUAGAACCGAGUACGAAAGCAUCCAGUGUCCUCAACCUCAGGGAGUUCGGGAAGAAACCUGCCUCGCCUCAUACUCAACGGAGACAGUAAUGCAAAUUUGCCACGGGCGUCGGCGGUGCAACUUAGCAGCUGAUGCAAACACAUUCGGCACUCCCUGUCAGAAGAACUCUCGGAUGUACUUGAAAGUGGUUUACACCUGCGUGCCCAUGCAAGUACUUAAGGAGCAUGACGCAUCAGAAACGGAGGCAGACGAAUCCGAGGACUUUGAGGGUGAUGUCAACGAUCUUUACGACGAUGAACUUAACUAUAAAGAGUCAGAAGCCAUUCCAAAGCUGUAUAGCAACACAACAGCUUCUGGUACCCGUAAUAGCUCUGGAGGAAGUAUAUCAAGACCUAGUGUUACAUUGUCGAGCAACCAGACCAUGUCGAAUAGCUCCGUGGUUUCGGCAAUCGAUCCCGUAAUGACUCAUACUGCUGACUUAAGCUUGGAGGACGACCAGGAACGCUUAUAUAUUUACCUUCUUAUUGUGGGAUCCCUUGGAGUGCUUUUAUCCAUAAUUGUCGUCGCCAUUAAGUCAAAACUACAAAAGCGUCAUGGUGUAACUACUGAUACACACUUGAAUUCUUCAAAAAAAGGCAAUGAAGUUGCCGGGGUAUUAGCUGAGGAAACAAUUAUACCUAGCGGAUUCAAUGAUACAAUUUCAGAGAUAGAUGCAGAUAUCGACAUGGAAACUUCGGUGCCUCUACCUAUUGUGUCCGAGAAUAAAAAUUAUUUGUCGUUUGCCGCGACUGGCAGUCUGAACAAUGCGCCUGCCCAUAUAUCCUCAGUGGGAAAUACAGGAUCAGCCGCUGGUAUAAUCACAGCUCCACUUUUGGUUGGCGGUAACCAGUCACCAGACUUAUUAGGCCUUACGCCAAAUACCUAUGCAGCAACGGGCAUUGGCAACCGUCAGACCACAGUGUCAGGAAUUAUGGGCCCGGCGAUAGUUAUUGAAUCCAACGCCUCUGGUGGAAUCCUACCUGGCAGUAGUGCCAUAAGUACAAUGGUUCCAAUAACCUCGCUGGCCCAAUACACAACAGCGCCGACCAUCAGAGGCGGGUAUAUAGUAAAUGCUGGAAGUAUGGGGGUUCUACAGCAUCUAAGAAGCACACCCACGCCACCGAACUCUAUAAACGGGGGUUCUUUAGCAUUUCCGACAACGCAACCAGCUCCGUCGCCUCUAGUUAUCAACCCGAUGUGUCACAGGCCCUUGACCGUAAGCGGCACUCCGACGCUAUGUCAAACAAAACCCUUGCAACUUUCCUAUGAUGGCACCGCUCCGCGCACCUUAUCUACCGGCGUGGCCGGUGGCUCGCAGUUCUUUUACGGAUAACAGGAUCCGAUGGACUGUGAGCCCUAUGAAUACAUUCAAACAUUGGCCGCAGGUGUUUUCCCAUCUAAUGGCGUGGUUCGGAGUGCAGACUGCUCUGCCAGAUGAGAAGUCACCAAUUCCUCCCAAAAAAGUAUCCAAGUAGGCUCGCAAUAUAAGUCCUAAUCUGGAAGUGCCAUGCAUUACUUUUAUUAAUGCAUUACUAUGCAUUCCUUUAAAAAAUUUAAUGAUUACACAGUGUAACAGUGAUUCUGAACUUUUGAAGUGACAUAGUAGGAAUUGUUUAUUGGGUCGAGUAUAUCACAAAACCAUGUUUGAAAUGUUUGAAAUAACUUUUUUUGGGAAAAGCGUUAUAACUUCAACUAUUUUCAUUAUUUUUUGAUGAAAUUUGUCUCGUUUUAUUCAGAAUUAAUGAGACAACAUUGAUAUGUGCCAAAAAUGACAGAAUUUUUGUAAGUUGAACCGAAAAACUGGCAUCAAAAUCCGCAAAACACGAAUAAAAGUCGAAAACUUCAGUUUCAGGUGUAAAAAUGUUGUCCUUUUUGUUUAACAAAAUCGAAGAUAUAUUUUUUUUCAAAAGCUACAACAUUUAACUAUUGAAAAACACCAAAAAUUUUGAAAUCGGUUGAAAAAAAAACGCGUUCAGGAAUUUUUAAGCGCAAAAAAGUCCAGAAAAACGGUUUUUUAACCAUAAAUCAAGAUUUUAAGGGUAUUACAAAUAUUUCAAACAUGGUUUUGUGAUAUACUCGACCCAAUAAACAAUUCUUACUAUGUCACCUCAAAAAUUUAUUCACUUUUGUUUUUUUUGUAACACUGUGUUAUCGGUGCUCUAAUCUUAGCAUAAUUUUUUCAGUGCACUAAAAACUGAAUGCUGAUUUAUUAUGUUAAUAUAACGUGAGAACAUGAAAAACUAUAUUAUCUAAUAGUAUAAUUUUAAGUUUCCAAUUAUGCAGCAAUUUUAGUAAAAGUAAUUAUUUGCUGUAUAAAAAAUGUUUAUCCCCACCUGGUAAUAAAACAUUUUAAAUAAAAAUCGUGAAUAAGAUGUAAUGAAUAAGAAAAUUAAGUUAUAAAUCUAUCAGUUAUUUAUUUUUUAAGAAUGAAUUAUUAUAUUUUAUUUAAACCAAUUCAUAAGUAAUUCCCUAUUGAUAGGUUUUAUAUUUAUUUCACUGUACCUUAGUAUUCCAGAGUAACUUAGUGAGUUUUGAUUUAAAAUGAAAAGUGCCUUCCUUAUUAGAAUUUAAGAAUUUAUUUUAUGUAUAUUUAAAGCCAUUUCAAAUGGGCAACCAUGUUAAGGGGGAAUACGCAGUCAGCAACGCGAAAAUAUACGGUUACUCAUUUUUUUGUAAGAAAAUUUAUUACGGUUUUUUAUUAAUAUUUUUGCAUAACACUUGUCUUUACUCGGAUAUCAUAGUUUUUUUGUUGAGAAAUAAUAAAAAUGAUCAAAGAUAUAACAAAUUCCGUGUGAUUCCUAAAAAAUAAGAUUUUCACCGGUGGACACAAUAAGUCCCGACAGGGUGCAAAAAAUUUCAAAAUUGAUCCGUUUAUUAUUCUUUGAGGUAUGUGUCCACCGACUCUGGAAACUUGGUUUGGAGAAAACCUUUGUCAAAGUUAUCAAGUCACAGUCGCGGGCCUGAUCAACGGAAUUUAAAACGCGCGUUUUCACAAAACAUUUUAAAAUUUUUUACUUUCGUAUAAAAAAUUCAAAAAAAAUCUAUUUUAUUGAAUAUAUGACUGCGUAUACCCCUUUAAGUCGCAAUUCUAAAACAGGCUAUUUAGAAACAUUGUAAAUAUGAAACAUAGUGUCAAAGAAAAUUGCUUUUAUUGAAUCGUUUUAAACCUAGGCGACCUUAACUUCCAAAUAUUUUGCCAAAGUUUUUCAUCACAAGUCUAAUUUGAAAGUGUAAUCUAGGCAAAUUUAGGAAAGGCAUGACUUACAUAUGUACACAUGCCUAAUUAAAAUCUUCAUAUGGUAAAUAUAGUGGUAAUAAAUAGUGCUAACCUGUUACAAUUAAAUAAUAGUCGUGAAACUAUUUAUGGCCUAGGUUAGAGUUAUACAUAUAUUGUUAAAAUAUUCCAGUUUUAUUAUUUAUAUAUGUUUAUCAGUAUUAUUCAAAAAUUAUUCAAACAAUAAAUACAAUACAAUAAUUAAAACUAAAAAGUUUAGAAGAUUGAAUUCAAUAUGGAAUAUACCCAUAUAUGUAUGUACAUAUGUAUAAAUGUGCUUAUAAACUAUGCGGAUGGCAGUUCUGGUAGGUGACUGGUAGCCGCACGCCAUAGUAAAAAUAAGAAGGCUAUGUGUUGAUGAAUGAAAAACAAUUUUUGGUGAGUUUAAUAAAUGAUA